CAUGUGAUUCAGCAGAGCUGUUUGGUUGAUCAUCAUCACAUGCUUCUAUCUUUCCGUCUUUUCCACGAACCUUCCCCCAAACUCAUCUUCUUUUUCCUUAUAAACCGUCAUUUCUCAGCUUAAUCUGCUUCUUUUUCAUCUUAAUUUUGUUUCAUCAGAUCUCAACUCAACAGGCUCCAUUUCCAUCCAAUGGCUGGUAUGCUGCCUGGUGUCGAAACUGCAAGGAGGAGGAGGUUACGUUCGUCGUCUGUUAUCGCUUCUGGUUUUGGAUCGAUCAGUAGUAGACUCUCUCAUGAUACCCAUUUCAUCGAUACUCUCUUCUUGCAAAGAAAUCAAUCUGAUGAUGAAGAUGACAAGUUAGGAGGAGCAGCAAAAGAAGCUAAAGAGAGGCUGAAUGGGAGGCUGAGAGGCCAUUUGAAAUCCGAAAUCAGAAGGCAAAACAGUCAAGAAAGAGUUGGAGGUGUGUGGAGAAGGUCGAAUGCUACUACUACUUCCAUGGUGAUGCAAGAUUUGCGAAUGGAGGUUUUUGGAUUGAAAAAGAGUGGAUCAAAGAGGUUUGGUUGGGGAAGAAUUGGGUCGAGUUGGAAGUCGUCGAACCAAGACGAGUGCGCAAUUUGCUUGGAUCAAUUUAAGGCAGGCGAGACGGUAACUCACUUGCCUUGCGCCCAUCGGUUCCAUUCCGAUUGCGUGUGUCCGUGGUUAGAAGACAAUGCACAAUGCCCUUGUUGUAGAAGAACAGUUUUAGGUUCUAACUGAAUGAUCAUUUUGUAAGUACAAAAGUUCAAAUUUGAUGUUUCAAAACAUCACGUGUGUCAUAAAUGAUGAGAGGAUAAUAGGGUGGGCUAAAUAGUAAAUACCUCCCGAGUAUUGCUAACGCACGUUUAUCUAAUAAUUUCCUUUUCAUAUACAUCAAUAUUAAGAGUUACUUUUUAC